CAAAGGGUGUUCAACGUUCUUUUUCGCUUUCGUGUGUAUUAUCUUUACAUUUAAAGAUGUCUGGACGAGGAAAAGGUGGAAAAAUUAAGGGAAAGGCGAAGUCCCGUUCUAAUAGAGCAGGCUUACAAUUUCCUGUUGGUAGAAUCCAUAGACUGCUUCGUAAAGGCAACUACGCAGAACGCGUUGGUGCUGGCGCGCCAGUUUACUUGGCAGCUGUUAUGGAAUACCUGGCCGCUGAAGUCUUGGAGUUGGCUGGUAAUGCAGCUCGAGACAACAAGAAGACAAGAAUUAUUCCACGACAUUUACAACUUGCCAUCAGGAAUGACGAAGAAUUGAAUAAACUCUUAUCUGGGGUUACCAUAGCCCAAGGUGGUGUUUUACCAAAUAUCCAAGCAGUUCUACUACCAAAGAAAACCGAAAAAAAAGCAUAAACUUGCUUCUCAUCCAUUUCAAAACAAUAAAACGGUCCUUUUUAGGACCACCAAUUUUUAUUACUAAGA